AUGGUGGAAUCAAUCAACGAAUAUAUGAUUUCUCUUAAUCAAAGUUCUAAGAAAUCAUAUUUGAGUUCCGAUACAAUCUACAACUUUGACAAUACUUAUUUAGCACUGGAACAUGUACACACUCCUGAAUUCUUAAAUACAAUUAAAUGUUCUGGAGUUCCAAAUCAUGCUCUUACUCUAAAGGUUGGUAUUCCAGUAAUGUUAUUAAGAAAUAUUGAUCAGUCAGCAGGAUUAUAUCAUGGAACAAGGUUGAUCAUAACUAAACUUGGAAAUCAUGUCAUUGAAGCCAAGGUUUUAGCAGGACAGAUGGUUGGACAGAAAGUGUUUACUCCAAGUAUGACAUUGACUCCAUCUGAUGCUAGAAUUCCAUUUAAGUUCCAGCGAAGACAAUUUCCAAUUAUUGUUUCUUUUGCCAUGACAGUCAACAAAAGUCAAGGACUGUCAUUGUCUCACGUGGGAUUAUUUUUGAAGAAAUCAAUUUUUACACAUGGACAGCUAUAUGUUGCUCUUUCUCAGGUGACAAGCAGAAGGGGAUUAAAAAUUCUGGUUUAUGAUGACGAUGUGCAAAUAACUAUUGAAGCUACAAAUGUUGUAUUUAAAGAAAUUUUUCCAAGUAGGAAUCAUGGAGAUGGAAAACAGGUUGAUCUCAAAGAAUGUCCAAGAUCUAAGCUUCAGAAACAAUGUAUUAAGUAUCUUGGACCAGAAGAGAGAGAACAUUAUAAAUAUAUAGUGGCUAAAGGGAAAAUUGUGCCUAAACACACUGGUAAUCGUCUUGAUACAACCAAUGGGUUGCCAGAGGAAAAAUAG